AUGUCGACUAUUCUCGAGCACCACACGAAGCAGCAACUCGACGACGAGCUGCCCAUCCCCGACAACUACGUCACCCACUCCCUCAAACAGCAUCCACCUCUGCCCCCCUUCCAAUGGCGCAACUGGCGCACAGAGAUAACAUGGGUUCCCCUCGUCCUCCUCGUCUCCACCCCCCUCAUCGCCGCUGUCGGCGCAUGCUACACGCCUCUGCGCUGGCAGACUGCCCUGUUCUCCGUGUUCUACUACUACGUCACCGGCCUGGGCAUCACCGCCGGCUAUCACAGGCUGUGGUCCCACAGAUCCUACAACGCCUGUGUCCCGCUGCAGUAUGCUCUCGCCAUGGCUGGUGCCGGCGCCUGCGAGGGCUCCAUCAAGUGGUGGUCACGCAACCACCGCGCACACCAUCGCUACACUGACACUCCCCUUGACCCCUACGACGCAACCGCAGGCUUCUAUCACUCACACAUUGGCUGGCUCCUCCUCAAGCCCCGCACAAAGCCUGGCUUCGCGGAUAUCAACGACCUGAGCAAAGAUGUCGUCGUAAAGUGGCAGCUCAGGUGGUACCUCACCCUCACCCUCGUCAUGGGCUUUGCCCUGCCCACCCUCGUCCCAUGGCUUGCCUGGGGCGAUCCGAAAGGUGGAUACGUCUACGCCGCCAUGAUGCGCCUCGUCUUCGUGCACCAUUCGACGUUCUGCGUCAACUCCCUCGCACACUGGCUCGGCGCUGCCUCCUUUGACGACAAGCACACCCCCCGCGACCACCUCCUCACCGCCCUCGUCUCCAUCGGCGAAGGCUACCACAACUUCCACCACCAGUUCCCCGCAGACUACCGCAACGCCAUCCGCUGGUACCAGUACGAUCCCACAAAGUGGUUCAUCUCCGCCUGCGAGCGCGUCGGCCUCGCGACACACCUCAGGCGCUUCGGCGAGAACGAGGUCCGCAAGGGCAGGUGGAGUAUGCGCGUGAAGGGCUUGAGGAGGGAGCAGGACGGCCUGGCGUGGCCCAGUCGCGCGGAGGCCCUGCCCGUUGUUGGAUGGGAUGCAUUUCAGGAACAAGCGCGCACGCGCCCGCUGAUCCUCGUCUCCGGCUUCAUCCACGACCUCGCCCCCUUCCUCGACGCCCACCCCGGCGGCCGCCACCUCCUCGUCAAGAUGGUCGGCAAGGACGCCACCACCGCCUUCUUUGGCGGCGUCUACGACCACUCGAAUGCCGCGCACAACCUACUCGCGAUGCACCGCGUGUCCAUCCUGCACGGCGGGGGCCCGCACGCCGCCGACGAGAGGUUCGUACCCCCUGCGCAGCGCCUCCGCAUCGUGCGCCACGACGAGUAG